GCUGUGUCCCUCGCGUCUCGUAUCUAUGGAAACGUCUGCAAGGCGGCAGUAUGAGUUCUGAACGUUGAAGCCCAGCGAAAGAACUUGCAUUUCCUGGAUCGUGUCUGAACACCCAUUGUACAGUUGGAGGUUCCUCCUCUGCUCCCCUCCCAGAUCCAGGCUUACAUGUGGAUCUGGUAGGAAUUUCUGGGUUGGCUAGAUGCUCACCCAGGCAAACUCCGGCCACACUAUGAGGCCCGGGGACAACGGAGACUACACUGUGAAUGAAGGAUCGUGCCUGAGUGCCAGCACACUGGCAAGUAGCAGUGUCUCUACCCAGCUUCUAAGUCCCCUGGACAAAAAAGUAUGCAUCCCCAAGAAGCAAAACGACGUGAGGAAGAGAGUGUUCUGGGGCAUCGAGGUUGCCGAGGAGCUGCAGUGGAAAGGCUGGGAGCUGGGCAAGGAAAGCACCAGGAACCUGUCCCUCAAAAAUCUCUCCUUGAAAAUCCAGAAGAUAAAGUACAGGCCUCCCAAGACCAAGUUCUUCUUCACCAUCCUUCCUCAGCCCAUCUUCCUGAGCCCAGGCAUAACCUUCACACUCCCCAUCACCUUCCGACCUCUAGAAGAGAAGGAAUACACGGACCGGCUGUGGCUCGAGAAAGAAGAAGGAGUGUUCUGUGUGUCCCUGAAGGCCUCCUUGCCUUGCCAUAAACUAGCCUGCCCAUCAUCCCUGCAACUGCCCAUGUGUGCCAUUGGGGACACAGUGGAGAUCUGGUUCUGUCUGAACAAUGUGGGGGACCUGCCUACCUUCUUCACCUGGGAAGUCCCAAACCCAUUCCAGAUAUUUCCCACUACGGGGUUACUGGAGCCAGGCCUGGGUUGUAGGAGCAAAGUGACCUUUCAGCCCCUCAUAGCGGUCGUUCAUGAAGUCGAGGCACUGUGCUGGUAUGGGAAGGGCGCCAAGCAGAAGAACAGCAUCCAGAUCCAGGCUGCAGCUAAGUGUGCACAGCUUCUGGUGAGCAUAAAACACAAGCAACCAAAGGACCAGGACACGGAGGGUUUCCAGAAGGUGGUACACUUCGGCUCCGUCGCCGUGGGCUGCACCAUGGAGCGGCAGAUCAGGCUGUACAAUCCAUCUGCGGUGAACGCCCCCUUCAAGAUUGAGAUGUCUGAAGACAUGGUGACCAAAGAACAUGCCUUCUCAUGCUCCAUGGGUCAAGGCAUUGUGCCCCCAGGAGAGAAGAAAUGCCUCUCAGUGUUCUUCCACCCCAAGACCUUGGACAGCAGAACCAUAGACUACUUAUCCAUUGUGCCUUCUGGUUGUGCCUCCCAAACUCGGCUCCAAGUCGUUGGUUUCUGUAAAGGUCCUGAAGUAUCCUUGCAGCACUACUGUGUCAACUUCAGCUGUGUCCAGCUCGGGGAGAGCCCAGAGCAGACCCUGUGGAUUGAGAACAGGUCAGACUGUUUGGCUCACUUCCAGUUUGACAUUGACUGCCCGGAGAGUGUCUUCAGCAUCAGGCCUGCCUCUGGAACCCUGGCGGGCAAGGCCCGUUUGACCCUGCACUGUGCCUACCAGCCCACACACCCUGUCAUCUACUUCCGGAGGGUGGCCUGCCUCAUCCACCACCAGGACCCACUGUUUCUGGACCUGAUUGGGACCUGUCACUCAGCCAGCACCAAGCCAGCCAUCCUGAGACCUCAGCACCUCACCUGGUACCGAACACACCUGGCUCGGGGCUUGGCACUUUACCCUCCAGAUAUUCUGGCUGCCAUGCUGAAAGAGAAAAGGCUGGAACGGGAUGGGAAUGGGGCCCUCAUGCUGCCCGCUGAGUCUCUCCCUACACAGGGUCUGGAGGACUCGCCAGCCACAAAGUACCCCCACAUUCCCCCCAUGAUGGAGUACUUUUUUGAUGGCACCAGGGACCUGGCGGUCUUUCCCCCGGCUGUCAGUCUAGAGCCUAUUGAUGUGGACUUUGGUGCCUGCCCUGGGCCUCAAACCCCCAACCCUGUUCCCUUGUGCCUGAGGAACCAUACCAAGGGCAAGAUCACCGUGGUCUGGACUCGCAGACCUGACUGCCCUUUCUGGGUGACCCCAAACACUAGUGUGGUGCCCCCGCUCAAGUCCACAGCCCUGCGUCUGCACUUCCAGCCGUCUUCCCCCAACAGCCUCUAUGCUGUGGAGCUAGAAGCCUUUGCUGUCUUUAAGGUCCUUCAGAGCUACAGCAAUAUUGAGGAGGACUGCACAGUGGCCCCGCCCUGGUGUCUGAAGGUUCGGGCUCGAGGACACAGCUACUGUGCCGCCUUAGAGCACCACAUCCCCCAGUAUUCCCUGGAUGCACCCAAGAUGUUCCCAGCAGUGUCUUCUGGGGAGCCCUCCUACAGAAGUCUGCUUCUGGUCAACAAAGGCCCCAUGCUGUUGACCUUCAGCUUGGCCCCCAAAAGCACCUCAGACAUCACCCUGAGACCCUCCUCUGGCCUGGUUGCUCCUGGGGCCCACCAGGUCUUCCUUAUCAGCACGUACCCCAAGGGCACCUCAUGGAAGCAGCACAUUUUCUACCUGCAAUUCAACUUUUACCCCCAGUAUCUCAAGGAAGUGAGCAUGCAGAGCAGAGAGGAGUCACCGCAGCUGAAGCUAGACACCUGCAAAAGUGUCUUCUUCAAACCCACCUGGGUGGGCUGUUCCUCCACCAGCGACUUCACCUUUCGCAACCCCUCACGGCUGCCCCUGGAGUUCGAAUGGAGAGUCUCCCAGCAGCACCAAAAGGUGCUGGCUGUCCAGCCCUCCAAGGGUAUCAUCCAUCCUAAUGAGAACCUUACACUGACAUGGAUCUUCAGCCCUUUGGAGGAGACCAAGUACCUGUUCCGAGUGGGGAUGUGGGUCUGGGAAGCCAGACAGCAACAAAAGACCAAUCCCCGAGCCAACAUGCACUACAGGAUUCGGCUGGUGGGCAUGGGCAUUACCGGAUGCCUCUCUGUGAAGCCAAAGGAGCUGGACUUUGGGAAUGUACUGGUGAACAGCCGGGAGGUCAAGUCUUUGGUGCUCCUGAACGAUGGCAACUGCACCCUCUAUUACCGCCUGGUCCUGGAGCAGCACAGGCCUAAGGGCCUCAACAAUGACCCCUGUGCAGCUCUAGAAUUCGACCACUUGGAGGGGACCAUGCCGCCUCAUUCCCAGGAUACCAUCUAUCUUACUGCCUGUCCUAAGACCCGUUCCCAGUAUUCCUGGACCAUUAGCUACUGCCUCCUGUCCCACAGAGACAGCGUGGUUGGCAAAACACAGGAGCUGUGCCAAGUCUCCCUGGCGGCUGUGUACCCUUUACUCUCCAUCCUGGACGCCUGCUCUUUGGGCAGCGCUGAGGGCAUCACCCGGAAGCACCUGUGGCACCUCUUCUCCCUGGACACACUCAAUAGCUACUUGACACGGGACCCAACCCCCAGGGAGCUCACCUACAAGGUGCCCACCAGGCACAGCGUGAGCCAUACGCCCCCUGUCUUCACUCCUCUGAAGCUGGACUUCAAUUUUGGAGCCGCGCCACUCAACGCCCCCUCUUCAGUGGUGCUCCUGUUACUGAAGAACAGCGGACUGGUGUCCUUGGACUGGGCCUUCCUCUUCCCAAGUGAUCAGCAGCUGGAUCUGGAUCUGUGGGCAGAGCAGGCAGAACUCAGCUGCACUGAGCUCCACCAAAUGCGUGCUGAGGAUAAUUGCCUCUUCUCCAUCAACCCCAAGUCUGGGAGCCUGAGGCCUGGGCAGGAGCAGAUGGUGGAAUUCAAAUACAGCCAUUUGUUUAUUGGCACUGAUCGCCUUCCCGUGCUCUUCAAGGUGUCCCAUGGACGGGAGAUCCUGCUACACUUCAUAGGUGUGACAGUGCGGCCGGAGCAGAAGUACGUGCACUUCACCUCCACCACUCAUCGGUUCAUCCCCGUCCCCAUCGGGGACACACUGCCCCCACGCCAGAUUUAUGAGCUAUACAACGGUGGCUCAGUACCUGUGACAUACGAGGUCCAGAUCAGUGUUCUGUCACAGGUUCAAGAAAAAAAUUUUGACCAUCCUAUUUUCUGCUGCUUGAACCCCAAAGGGGAGAUCAAGCCAGGUACUACUGCUCGGAUCCUGUGGAUAUUCUCACCCAUCGAGGCCAAGACCUACACAGUGGAUGUACCCAUACACAUCCUUGGAUGGAAUUCAGCUGUCAUCUGCUUCCAAGGAGUGGGAUAUGACCCUUAUGUCAUGGGUGACACAGCCCCUUUCCACAACAUUUCCUCGUGGGACAACAGUUCCAUAUACUCUAGGCUGAUGAUUCCUGGGCAGAAUGUCUUCCUGUCCCAGUCUCAUGUUUCCCUGGGGAACGUCCCUGUGCAGAGCAAGUGUAGCCGCUUGAUCUUCCUCAACAACAUCUCCAAAAAUGAGACAAUUGUCUUCAACUGGAAGCCAAGGCCCUUAGACUUUGGAGAGGUGUCUGUGAGCCCCAAGGAAGGAGAAGUGGCUCCUGAGGAGGCAGCCCCAAUCUUGGUGACCCUCAAGGCCUCAGUUCAUGCCAGCUUCUAUAGCGUAGACCUGAUAUGCAAGGUAUACCGGCAGGAACUUAUGCAACAGUACCACAAGGAGUUACAGGAGUGGAAUGAAGAGAAGGCACGGCAGGAGGUGGAGUUCACCAUCACAGAUAUGAAACCAAAGAGGGGAGCGUACUGUACAGCCUGUGAGCCUGUGAAGAAAUACAAGACACUGCCUCCCAUCACAAACCAACCAUCUCCCAGCUGGCCUGCCAGCUGGAACCUGAAGAUAGCAAAAGAGGAGACCUCGUGGCCAUGUCCUCAACCACCUGUGCCAGGCCUGCUCUGUCUAGGCCUCACUGCGAGGGCCCAUGCCACUGACUACUACCUGGCCAACUUCUUCUCUGAGUUUCCUUGCCACUUCCUGUACAGGGAGCUGCCAAAGAAGAAAUCCUCCAGGGAAGAGCCAAAAGCUUUUGAGGAGGAACCCUUUGACAAGGAGGGUCCUGUCUCGAGACAGAAGAAGCAGCUUCUGGUUGACUGCCUUACCGCCAUCAUCAGGGGCCUUCUGGAAGACAAGAAUUUCCUUGAUGCUGUGGGUCAAAGCCUGGAGGAGCAGGUGCCUUACUUCUGCCAGUUCUGGAAUGAGGAGUCAGCCAAGUUCCUGAACCAGAAGAGCAGUUUGUACUUAAUGCCAAUCCUGUCCCUGCCCUCCAGCUGCUAUGAGGAGGGGAAAGGGAACGAGCAGGAAGAGGACAAGUACAACCUCGGGAAGAAGGCAAGAGGGGUAGAAGAUGAAGAUGAGGAGGAGGAAGAGGAGGAGGCUAAAGAAGAGGAAGAGGAGGAGAGAGAGGAGGAGGAGUUGAGCAGGGAGGAGAUGGAAGAGGAGACAGACAAGGGAGUAAAGUUGACCUGGUCAGAGAUUAAGGGCACCGCACAGCCGUCUGGGUCGCAGCAGUCCCUGCAGUGGCACUGGCAGCAGGAUCUGAAAAUGAUAAUGAAGGAGGAGCAAGAAAAGGAUGAGAAGGAAGCCAUUGGAAGGCUACCAGCCUUUGCCAACCUGCAGGAGGCGAUACUGGAGAACAUGAUCCAGAACAUACUGGUGGAGGCAAGCCGUGGAGAGGUGGUGCUCACUUCAAGGCCCCGCAUCAUUGCUCUGCCACCAGUCAGCAUGCCCAGGACAGACACCCUGUUGCCGAUGCAACAAGGGGAAGCACUCUGCUCUGGGAUGCAGCACCCUACUGACUGUUUGCUGGCGUCAGGAUCCAGCCCCUCUUACGUGGCUAUGUAAUCCAUCUCCCCCCCCCCCCUUUACCGUCCUGCUAGUAAAACAUUUAGCGCCCCUCCCCA